AAUUUUUUGAGCUUGCCAGUCGCCAUUGUAGAGUUGAAAACGCGGAAGCAAAGUCAGGUCGGAAAUUCUAGAACCCUCCGUCACUGCAUUCGUCCUUUGUAAAUUUGCAAAUCAGAAAGUCGAAUCAGUACCAUCUCUGCACGGAUUCGCAUAAUCGAUAGGGAUGGCUGAAGAAUUUGACAUAGAGGCAAUGCUUGAGGCGCCAUACUCGAAGAAAGAGUCAAGCAGCAAGUCUCGAGAGAAUGACAAUGGCCGAUCGUCAAAGAAAAGUAAGAAGCGGUCACGCUCGCGAAGCAGGGAACGGCACAGGGAUCGUUCAAGGAGCAGAGAUAAGGACAGGAGGCCUAGGGACGAGAAGAAAAGCAAGCGGAAGAGCCGAAGCAGGAGUCGAGAUCGGAAUCGUAAGAAGAUUGGCAAUCCUAAGGAAAAACGUAGAUCGCCUUCACCCUUGGUUUUGGGACCGCGACGUGAUCGUGAAAAGCCGAACAUGAACUUCAGACUUGACGACUUAACACCUGAGGAGCGUGACGCUAGGACUGUUUUUUGCAUGCAACUCUCACAGAGAGUGAGAGCAAGAGAUUUGGAGGAGUUUUUCUCAUCGGUCGGAAAGGUGAGGGACGUCCGUUUGAUUAUGUGCAACAAAACCAGGCGUUUUAAGGGAAUAUCCUAUGUUGAGUUCAGAGAUCCAGAAUCAGUUGCUUUGGCUAUGGGUUUGAGCGGCCAGAGGUUGCUUGGCGUUCCUAUCGUAGUUCAGCACACUCAAGCUGAGAAGAACAGACAGGGCAACUCGAUGAUAAGCAUGAUGAGUCGUGGUUCUGCUGGUCCUUGCAAACUUUACGUUGGUUCGUUGCACUUCAACAUCACAGAGGACAUGCUGAAAGGCAUCUUCGAGCCCUUUGGAAAGAUUGAAAGCAUUCAGAUGCAGAUGGACCCAGAAACUGGCCGAUCAAGAGGAUAUGGAUUUGUUACCUACAGAGAUUCUGAGGAUGCAAAGAGAGCCUUGGAGCAGCUGAAUGGUUUUGAGUUGGCCGGCAGACCUAUGAAAGUGAACACUGUUACUGAGAAGAAUGAAUUCUUCCAGAUGAACCCAGCCUUGUUGGACACUGACGAGACAGACCGAGCUGGAAUUGACCUUGGUGCCACUGGCAGGCUGCAGCUCAUGGCAAAACUUGCUGAAGGUACAGGGAUGCAGAUCCCUGUUGCUGCAGCCAACGCACUCAACGCUACAGCUCAACAGCCUCUGAUCACUGCUCAGCAAGCAGCCAUGGCUCAAGCAACAGCCCCUCCUAUAGCAACUCAGUGCUUCAUGCUCUCCAACAUGUUUGACCCUGCACAAGAAACUGCUCCGUUCUGGGACACGGAGAUUCGUGAUGAUGUGAUUGAAGAAUGCAACAAGCACGGGGGUGUGCUACACGUCUACGUGGACAUGGUGUCCCCACAGGGCAACUGCUACGUCAAGUGCCCAACUAUAGCAACGGCCGUGGCAGCUGUCAACUCAUUGCACGGCCGCUGGUUUGCUGGCCGGGUCAUCACUGCUGCGUACGUUCCGGUGGUCAACUACCACAGUUUGUUCCCUGACGCUAUGACUGUCACCACCCCGCUGCAACCUAGCAGGAAGUGAAUACAAUGGAAGAUAAAAGAGAUUUCCCACUUAUUUUGAUUUAUCCGUUUUCCAACGGCACCAUCACUUUGAGUUUGUUCAAAUAUUUGGCUUGUAAUAACGAGCAACACAACUUAUGUACAAUAAAUUUGUAAAAUUGAG